UGACGCCAAAUGUAUACCUUGGCAGUCGUAGAUCGGAUUUUCGACUCUGCGCUUACGGACUAGAUCGGUCAGUGCUGCUCGUUCGCUAUAUUGUCUGACUCAUUUGGAUCUGACUCGACGCAUCUCUCGUGAAUUUCAAGUUGUGCACAGUGUUUGCUUCUCAGCUCUCACAGGUACAAUAGCGUUCGUUGGUUUGUCUCGCUUAUUGGAUCAAUUUCGAAGUACUCCUCGUCGUAAAACAAAAAUGUCAAUAAUUCAGAUUCAAACCGGAGAUUCCGAAUCUGAUUUCAUCGAAGUCGACGUUGAAGUGGCAAAGUGUUCGAAGAUGAUCGAGAAGUGUUUUAAGACAAUAGAAGGUGAUAACAUCGAGUCCCCAAUUUUCACCUUAUACUCGACUAAAGGAAUUUUAGAAAAAAUUUUCGAAUGGGCAACCCACCACAAGGACGAACUGUCGAUGAUCAAUAUGGAUACUGAACUGAGCGAAUGGGAUAAGGAAUUUCUAGACAACUUGCGGAAAGAGCAUACACUUUUUGAACUGGUCCACGUUUGCCGCCAACUUAAAAUUCCUGCUUUGUUGGACAUGUGCGCCAAGUAUGUGAACAAUAGCACAAUAGUGGCAGGACUCAAAAACACAACGCUCGCCAACAUACGCGAAGCUUUCGAUAUUGGGCAGCCCCCGUCGGAGGACGAUAUGGAGGAGUCCGACGAUAUGUCCCUUUCCGAGGAGUCCGACAAUGCGAUGUCCCUCGAGAGGAGUAAUGACCCCUUAGAGACAGUUCGAGAUUCUUGAAUUGAACCACUUUGCUGCAGGAAACCUCGACGCUCACCGAGCACACUGUGGAUUUCAAUGUUUUAACUAUGGAAGAAGACGUAUCCUAACUCUUACAAGCCUCAACGGACAUUACUUAUUCUUUUAUCGUUUACAAAGCUUUUAGUUUUUAACCACUCGAUUGUAUUUUAACACAUAUGCACGUUUUUUAAAUAAAAAAUCUGUGGUUAUUCGAUCAUACUAAAUAUCGCAGCUGUGAUUAGUUAGUGACUAGUCUUGCUAUGACGUGUAUUCGUUCAAAAAUAAAUAUCAAACACUUAAGAA